CCAGGCGGCAGCGGGGAAGGGGAAGGAAAGAGGAUUUGAGCUGGGGGCGGGGCUUGCGGCGCAGCGUGGCUCCUGAUUGCUGGAGCGCGACUGCCAAUCUUGCAGAAUCGCUCGGUUAACCAGUGCGCUGGCGAGACGCGCUCAGAUAUACUGAGUGAGCCCUGAGAAGCAGUCUCAGAUCCUGACGGUGCAGCAGCCCGCAGCCUCACCCAGGGAGUCCCAGCCGCUUUCAAUGGAGGAGAAGCCCGGCCAGCCACAGCCUCAGCACCAUCACAGCCACCACCAUCCGCACCAUCACCCGCAGCAGCAGCAGCAGCAGCCGCACCACCACCACCAUUAUUAUUUUUACAACCACAGCCACAACCACCACCACCACCAUCAUCACCAGCAGCCUCACCAAUACCUGCAGCAUGGAGCCGAGGGCAGCCCCAAGGCCCAGCCAAAGCCGCUGAAACAUGAGCAGAAACACACCCUCCAGCAGCACCAGGAAACGCCGAAGAAGAAAACAGGCUAUGGUGAACUAAACGGUAAUGCUGGAGAAAGAGAAAUAUCUUUAAAGAACCCGAGUUCUGAUGAAGCCACCAACCCUAUUUCCAGGGUCUUCAAUGGCAACCAGCAAGUUGUAGACACUAGCCUGAAGCAGACUGUAAAGGCUAACACCUUUGGGAAAGCAGGAAUUAAAACCAAGAAUUUCAUUCAGAAAAGCAGUAUGGACAAAAAGAAUGGGAAGUCUUAUGAAAAUAAAUCUGGAGAGAACCAAUCUGUAGAUAAGUCUGAUACUAUAGCAAUUCCAAAUGGUGUGGUAACAAAUAAUUCUGGCUACAUUACUAAUGGUUAUAUGGGUAAAGGAGCAGAUAAUGAUGGUAGUGGAUCUGAGAGCGGAUAUACAACUCCUAAAAAAAGGAAAGCUAGGCGCAAUAGUGCCAAGGGUUGUGAAAACCUUAAUAUAGUGCAGGACAAAAUAAUGCAACAAGAGACCAGUGUCCCAACCUUAAAACAGGGACUUGAAACUUUCAAGCCUGACUAUAGUGAACAAAAGGGAAAUCGAGUAGAUGGUUCAAAGCCCAUUUGGAAGUAUGAAACUGGGCCUGGAGGAACAAGUCGAGGAAAACCUGCUGUCGGUGAUAUGCUUCGGAAAAGCUCAGAAAGUAAGCCUGGUAUGAACAGCAAAAAGUUUGAUGAUCGGCCCAAAGGAAAGCAUGCUUCAGCUGUUGCUUCCAAAGAGGACUCAUGGACCCUAUUUAAACCACCCCCAGUGUUUCCAGUGGACAAUAGCAGUGCUAAAAUAGUUCCUAAAAUAAGUUAUGCAAGCAAAGUUAAGGAAAACCUCAACAAAACUAUACAGAUUUCUUCUGUGUCACCAACUUCAUCUUCAUCAUCUUCGUCAUCUACUGGGGAAACUCAGACCCAAUCAUCAAGUCGCAUAUCCCAGGUCCCUAUGUCAGCGCUGAAAUCUGUUACUUCUGCCAACUUUUCUAAUGGGCCUGUUUUAGCAGGGACUGAUACAAAUGUUUAUCCUCCAGGGGGUCAGCCACUGCUAACUACUGCUGCUAAUACUCUAACACCCAUCUCUUCUGGGACAGAUUCAGUUCUCCAGGACAUGAGUCUAACUUCAGCAGCUGUUGAACAAAUUAAGACUAGCCUUUUUAUCUACCCUUCAAAUAUGCAAACUGUGCUGUUGAGCACAGCACAAGUGGAUCUGCCCUCUCAGACAGAUCAGCAAAACCUGGGGGAUAUCUUCCAGAAUCAGUGGGGUUUAUCAUUCAUAAAUGAGCCCAGUGCUGGCCCUGAGACUGUUAUUGGGAAGUCAUCAGAGCAUAAAGUGAUGGAGGUGACAUUUCAAGGAGAAUAUCCUGCCACUUUGGUUUCACAGGGUGCUGAAAUAAUUCCCUCAGGAACUGAGCAUCCUGUGUUUCCCAAGGCUUAUGAGCUGGAGAAACGGACUAGUCCUCAAGUUCUGGGUAGCAUUCUAAAAUCUGGGACUACUAGUGAGAGUGGAGCCUUAUCCUUGGAACCCAGUCAUAUAGGUGACCUGCAGAAAGCAGACACCAGUAGUCAAGGUGCUUUAGUGUUUCUCUCAAAGGACUACGAGAUAGAAAAUCAAAAUCCUCUGGCCUCUCCUACGAACACUUUGUUAGGCUCCGCCAAAGAACAGAAAUACCAGAGAGGCCUAGAAAGGAAUGAUAGCUGGGGUUCUUUUGACCUGAGGGCUGCUAUUGUAUAUCACACUAAAGAAAUGGAAUCUAUUUGGAAUUUGCAGAAGCAAGAUCCCAAAAGGAUAAUCACUUACAAUGAAGCCAUGGAUAGUCCAGAUCAAUGAAGGACCAGACUGCCUAUUCGUAACCUUUCUGCAGCAUUAGAGCCACCGUUCAUGGGGGACACAAGGCUUUUAUGCUCCUAGAUCUUCAACGCAGCAGAGGAACCAUAAGUAGAAUCACAGGAUAAUAUAUACAAAUAUAUAUAUAUACAUAUAUAUAUAUAUAUAGUUAUUUAAAAAAAGGCAACUGAAAGUAAUUAGACUUCUUAAGGAAUCAAAUUUAUUUCAAGAGACUACACAUGGUUAUUUAAUCUCCGGUACUGAAUAGGUUUUUUUUUUCUUUUGUUAGUUUUUGUUUUUAAGUGUGAAUGCACAGUGAUUAAUGAAUACGGACUUAACAAGUGUGGUUCUAAAGUUCCUGCUGUCAUCAACUUGGGCAACAAAUGACCCACUGGAAAGGCAAAUCCACUCAAAAGAUCUCUAUCUUGUUCUGUGACUAAAGUGAUACACUAAUCAUGGGGAACCCAGAAUGAUUCAACAUUUUCCCCCCAGUCCUCCCUUGAUCUUUUUGGUUUUACUUUAAGCCCUGCGAGAAUGCUGGAUAAAUGCCUUGAAGUUUGCAGGGUGUAUUUUUUUUUUUAGCGAAUAUGAUUUGCAUGUCUUGUCAGGAGUUAAGCAGCCUCUGUGGGGUGUUAGGGAAAUUCUUUCCUUUUUUUUUUUUUUUUUUUUUUUGUGGGGUGGGGAUUGGGGAGGGCAUUGAAGUUCUACAAUUCUGGAAUAGUUGAUGGUACAUAGUUAACAUGGCUUUGGUUACAUAUUGGACUUUAACAACUGAAGAAUCCAUGCGUGUCAUUUAAAGAAAAGUUGCAGAACAAGCAAUUGGCUUAGAUAUACUAUCUGGAAAAAUAUUCCUGUGCCCAUAUUUUAAUGUAAUUGUAUGACUGGGAGCAAAAAUAUAUUCUGCUUUUCAACUGUAGGUGCUCCAGACUUGCUCUCUGUCACUAACACUAAAUGUGCUGUUUUCCUUGUUUUUCAUCAAACAUCUAAGACAAACUUACACCUUUCUGUAAAUUCUCUUUUAAUUUCUCAGCAAAAUCUAAAGGGGAAGAAAUGAAAACUUUAAAACUUUUUGUGUUUUUAGCCAGUGAGAAGGUAUUAAACCCUGACUAUAGAAGGUGUGUUUUCAUGCAAGCUAUACUUCUGAGCUUAUUAGCUUCUAAUUAUAUCUUAAUAAAUAUAUUUUAUUACUAGAGCAAAAUGGGUUUUUAAGAAAAAUAAUGUGAAAUUCUGGAAAUUUUCUUCAGGGCAGAGAAGAGCAGUAGCCCUGUCUUAUUACAUUGCCAUCCUGUUGCACUGCAGCUUGUGUAUAGCAUGCUAAAAUAAAUUUGUGUGUGUGUGUGUGCAGAAAUUAAGGGUCCAAUUGAGAUUGGGUGAUGUUAGUAGCAUAAUAAACAAGUUGUCUGGCCUAACACAGCAUCACAUCACACACACAGAAAUUAGUAUAUCCAUGUUUGUCAAAUACAGGUUAAAAUAGCAGGGCAUUUAUAUAAAGAAUUGCAGUCUUCUGAUAAAAGUAGACUGGAUCCCCUGGGGUAUUUGGGGAGAAAGUAACUACUUUUGCUCUACCCCUUUGCUUAAGAAAUGUCCAGUUUUGAGUGACUGUAAUAUGGAUGGGUUUUCUUGUUUUGUUGAUUAUUUGAGGCUUUUAACAAGUAGUUCAUGAAAGAAGCUGUUGGACUCACAUAGAGUAAAUACCUUUUUAGUCUGGAUUUCUGCCCUGCUUAGAUUUUAAAAGUAUGAGCAUGGAUUGCCAAUUCCACUUGAUGUAAACAAAACUUUUUUUUAUACAUAAUAUAUAUAUAUAUAUAUAUAAUAACUUAUUGUAUCAGUCCAGGUUCAGAAACUUGUGGUAGGCCAGUUCCAGAUAGUUUCAUUUCACCUGUAAACUGUAUCACUUUUACUGAUAUUGUAAUUUUCAAAUGUAUAAUAUGUUUACAGAUGUGCCCUGCAUUUAGUCUGCCUUGUUCCUAUUUUGAUUUUUGUUGAGUCUCCUGCCUGCUUGCCAAAAGCUAGGAUGCUUCAGGCCCAUGUACAAUUGAAAGCAGAGGCAUCCUUGAGCUUUAAAGCAUUGAACAAACUGGAAAAUGCAACAUACCACAUAACUGAAGUGAAAAGUCUGUGUUUUUGUGUUUUUUUUUUUUUUUUUAAAUAAAAAUUUUCAAAAAGUUUAAAAAAAAAGACAUAGAAGGUUGAUUAAAGGGAAAAAAGGCUCCAGUUUGUUUUACAGGUUUUAAAGUUCUGCUGUGUGUUCAAUUGCCUUGUGUAACCACUUGUCGCCUUAGGGCCAGAUUCCCCUCUCCACUCCCCCCUUUUUAAAUGUCCAUUUUGCUUGCCUGCAGUUUUAAAGUUCUGUCUCACAACUCACAAGAAACUUUCUGGGUUUGUGACAUACAGAGGUUGAAUGAAUAUAUUUGAAAAGGAAAAACAAAAACCAAACCCAGCCUCCACCCGAAUUGGGCUUUUUAACUUAGAAGCAACACUUGAUUAAACAUGUUUAGUAGAAAGCUAUUGCUUUCCUAAUUUCCUCCCAUAUCCCUCAGGCCUCAGUGUUCAGAGAAGCCAAAAAGAGAAUGUAUCCCUUCUCUGUCUGUCCAAAGGUUUUUGAGAGUCUUACUUCUAAAUAAAACAAUGCAACAUUUCACUUUGAUUUCUCCACAGGAAUUUCCUUGACUAUAUGGUUAGAGGUAUAUAGUUAGGAAUGUCUGUUAACUUUCUGAGAACCCUGGUGCCCCAUCAUAUUAACUGUCAGUAUUUUGGGGGCACUAGGUUAAUAGACUUAAUUGCCUAGGUACAAGCAGGACUUUGGGACAAAUCUCUUUGUGCUGUUUGGUAACACUUAACUCUAUUUGUUGCAAUCUUUCUCCUUAGGUCCUCACACAAUUCCUUACAGAGCACUUAUUAAAAAAAAUCUUAAGUCGAUCCGUUUUCUGAUUAUUUUGUGUAAGCUUCUAAACAAACUUCAGCUGUGAUUAAUUUAGCACAUUUAAAUAACGUGUGUUAUUGUUUGGUCUAAAGAGUUUUCCUUCAACUCAGAGUAUUAGUACUGUAGCAUAAACCAAAUACAGUCUAGAGGGAAUUUUUAAUAUCCCUCCAUUAUAAAGACUGAAAAAGGGGUGUGUGUGUGUUUGUGUGUGUGCAUGUGUGUAUGUGUGUGUUGAGUGUGUGAGGGAAAGAUGGAGAUAUUAAAAAUUAGUAAAUGAAUGUGUAUAAGACAUUAGUAUUCAGAGAAUGAACUUGUAUUUAUUUUGUGCCAUUUGUUUUCAUUACACAGAAAAAAGUCAGGUGGUUUAAAUCCUUAAAAGGGUAGUAUUGAAAAAUGGCACUAAGAAUGAAAUUAUGACCUAUUUUUUUAAUAGCUAUGAAGAUACUAAUUAUGGGUAAAGAUUUCUUUUUAAAUCUGUUUUGAUUAUUGUAGGCUUCUGUGUCACAUACCACUCUUGUAGGUGUCUUAAAUCCCCUUUUCCUGCAAAAUACACAGGGUGUAUUUAUCUUUCUCUUUAUUCACCCCCACUUUGCUGAACUGAAGUUAGUUACAUAGCCUUUGCUCUAACCUCCUUAGUAAUGAACCUUCACAUAAAGUGUAUUUACAGCAUCUAUAGUAGCCAGCCCUUCCUCCUACUUUCUAGGAGGGGAUAGCCAAUAACUAGGAAUUUAGUGACAGGUUUUUUUUUCCUUGAAAUAAAUGGCCAGAGAGUUUCUACAUUUUAGAAUUUUGCUGUCUCCUUAUUCAUCUGCUUACCUAGUCAUUACUCAAUCUACAGAAACUUCAUAAAGGAAAAGUGCUGCAUUGUUUUUACACAUAACAGUUUUUAGGGAAAAUAUGACAAACCUCAGCCUUGGGAGUUGUCCACAAUACAACAUUUUCAAAAAACAUAACAUAGCAGCAUUAGUUUCAUUCAUGGUGGUUAGGAUUGUUGCUUCCCCACAUCAGAAGCAUCUGUUUUAUUUUUUUGUAAUUGCUGUAAACUUUUUUAAAGAAAAAAGCCAUUUAGUGUGAAGUUGUCAUAUAUCAAAUGGCUAAUUCCACUGUAAAUAAGAAGGGAGUCAUUCCUGCUAGGCUCUCUAGAGAAAUAGGUUGAAAGUCAAAUUUCCAGGGAUUAUGAGUAUAGUUAUGCCACUGGGCUACAUUCUCAAAUAACAGCUGAUCCCUCUUGUAUAAAUAUGUUAAUUGUGCAGAACAGUUAUGCUAUAGGACACAUGGUCUUUAGGGUCAGAUCGGUUGAUGGCCAUACCAGUCAAGGUAGAGUAUCAUAGGGUAGUAUCUUAAUAACCCUAUCCAUGAUUUAAUUGUUGGAGUUGAAAGAAAAAAGUAGGAUUUGCUCUUCUCCCCUUACCCCCAACAAAAUUUUGCUUAAAAGGGAAAGGCAGAGGAAAAAAGACUAGAAGCAUAAAUAGCUCCUCUAAGCUUGCCAGAGGCGACACAUAGCUUAACAUUACUUCUUAAUAUCGAUGUUAUUUUUAUUAAUGUAAUUAACAGAGCACCAGGAUUCUUUCAUGGUGAAAAAGAUGGUCUGUUUUGGUAUCAUAAAUGUUUCUUUUAAAAUAUACAUUACCUGUGUGAGAACCAGGACCACCUGGGAGAGUGAUGAGUCAUUAGCUCCACUCAAAAGCAUUGCUUUACUGAGUUUUAAAUUAAAUUUCACAUCAUUUUGCUGCUCAAGAAAGAUCUUAGAGUAGUUAAAAGGAUGCCAACAAUAGUGCAAAUAGAAUUUUCGGUUGUCUGCAUAGUAAGAACACCCAGUGCAGCAUGAUUGGUAUAUUGCUUUUGCAUUACUGGGAAUGGUAAAUCAGUUAUGGGCUAGAAACUAAGGAACAGCUAUAUUCAUUUUAUAAUAAUGCAGUAUCCCUUUUCUUUCUUUCUUUUUUUUUUUUUUUGAAAUGGAGUCUUGCUCUGUCACCCAGGCUGGAGUGCAGUGGUGCCAUCUUGGCUCACUGCAACCUCCACCUCCCUGGUUCAAGCAGUUCUUCCUGCCUCAGCCUCCCGAGUAGCUGGGAUUACAGGUGCACACCCAGAUAAUUUUUUGUAUUUUUAGUAGAGAAUGAGGUUUUACCAUGUUGGCCAGACUGGUCUCAACUCAUGACCUCAGGCAAUCUGCCCACCUCGGCCUCCCAAAGUGCUGGCAUUACAGGUGUGAGCCACCACGCCUGGCCAGUAUCCCUUUUCUACAGCCUUAUUAAAACAGCUACAAACAUUUAUUUUCCAAUUUAGUUUUACUUUCAGUGCAUAUCAAAGUUGUACUCUUACGACCAACAAGCUAACUUGAGACAAAUUAUAUAGCUUUCCAUAAACCCUUUUUUCCUCAGGUGCUAAUCAAAGGCUCUGAAAAUGGAUACUGCUUUAGUAAUGUCUGUUUUAUUCUUAAAAUGCUUAUUUCUUUUGUUAGAUGUAAAGAUUUGGUGUUAACAAAAGUGGUUUUAAUAUGUAAAUAUGAAUGAAUGGCUUUAGUUUACCCGUUUGUCUAUUAUUAGUCUGUGUUCAUUUAUCCUUCAUAGAGGAGGAUCCUUUCAUGAUCUUGAAUACAUUUCAUUAGAUAUUGUUGCAUUUUAAGAAUGAAAAUACAACUGUUUUCUGUCUUAGAUUAAUCUUGCUGCUGCUAUGAGAAACUGAAAAUCAAGAAUGUGAUGCACUUUUUACAUUACUAUAUAUCAUACAUAUACCAUAGGUUGCUUUGAUACCUUUCCUGUAGCACAGCCACUAACAAGAGUGAGUUGAUUAUAAAAUUCUCUUUGGGAGGGAGUCAGUACAAGUAACUAAUUCUUAGCUGGUAUUGGCCUAUGAAGGACAAUAACUUAGGAACAUAAGAAUUCUGUUAAUAGUACACAUUUUGGCCUUAAAUGUCUUCUACUACUGAAAAUAGUUUAAAUCUUAGCUUUGUUUCUAUUACUCCCUCUCUCUGCCUCAGAAAGAGGAAUUGAGAAGAAUGGCUUAAAGGACUUAGUGUCAUUGAUUUAUUGCUGAUCUUUUAGAAAACAUUUGUCUAUGUAAGCUGGGGACUUAUUUUUGUUUGUAUAUAGAGGAGAAAUAAUGCUGCCCUGAACCAAUCAGAUUUAGUUUAAAUCAAAUCAAUCAAAACUCCAACUAUUCUGUUUCUCUUCUAUAUUUUUACUUAGCAAAGGAAAACUUUAGUAAGAAUGCUACUUGACAAAAAGUCAUUUCUCAAGCACAUACCCAAACUUGAAGGUGAUUGAGCUCAAAAUAAUGGGUGGGAAACACCAAAUGAGGUGGAGGAAUAAGAAGGAUGUGUGGGCCAAAGCUAUCUGGUUAUAUUUUGAUGUUGCCAAUAUUAUUGCAAAGCCAAAAUUUUAAUUUGCUUAUUUAAUAUAUUUGUUGGCCAGAGGUCUAUUUUUAUAUCAAUGUGCCUUGCAUGGAUAUUAAAAAAAAAAAAAAAUUGGGAAGGCCAUGUAGUAAUGCCUGAGAUAGUUGAUGGUUCUUACCACCUCACUAAUUUUUAUGCAUUAUGAAAUGCUCAUUCUGUUGCCCAACUGGUGCUCUGUUUAAGGUUAUAGAUCUUGUCAAACUGGAACUAUUUUAUAAUCUGGGGAAGUGAUUUACUUUUUUUGUUGUAUCUUUUUUGUUCUUAGUCUGUUAGUGGCUGUUCUGUAGUGGGAAAUAGUAAAAGGAUUCUUCACUCCCUUCUCCCCUCAGCACCUUCUUCAAGUAAUGUGAUGACACCAUUUUUUGUGUGCUUUGAAAAAAGUUUCAGCUUGCUGUCUCCUUUAGUGUUUUAAAGAAGUGUUAUACAAAGCAUUGUUUGCAAAAUGUAGGGAGAUAAUGAAGUCCACUUUAAUUUGGAAUUCUGUGUGAGCUAUGAUCCAAGUUAUCAGCUCUUUCCAACUUAAAAAAUUUUGUUGUUAACAGCACCUUGCUUAGAAAAUUUUAAAUAUUUAUGUCUGCAACAAUUGUCUCAAAAUAAUAAACUGUGCAAUUCUUGUCAUUUAAAAAAAAAAACCUGAAUUCUCCCUGAUGUGACUUGUUAGUUUCUCUCUGUAUUUCCUGCCAGUGUAAAUGUGAAAGCUUUGCUUGCAUUACGUUUUAGAAAUGCAUUUUGCACACUCGAAUUUUGCUGAAGCUCCAUGGAAAGGUUAGAUCUAAGUAGAUGAAUAAAGCUAUGCACAUGUUUUGAAAGUUUAAUUUGUGUGUCAUUACCAAAAGUGACCUAUUUGUCCUUAUUACUUUGCUGUUCUUAGCUUUACCAUCAUUGGAAACUUGGCUUAAAGUUAUAUCAUUCUGGGCUAGCUCAUCAGUGGAACUAGGAGAGAGGAAAACUGGCACCUAUUUUAAUAAAGUUCAGUUUAAAUGAGAGCUUGACUUGUAUCUAUUAAAGGGCUUUUCUUGAAACAGGGCAGUUUUAUCAGCUUUACAAAUCAUUGGAUGCUCUUCCUUAGUAAUAUUUUGGUUUAUUUGAUCAAAUAGAAAUGGAAAGUAAUUCAAACUGAAAUGAAAGACCUUUGUCACAUGGAAUUUGGUGACAGUUUUAUGUCUUAAAGCUGGUUUAAAGGUAGGAUAGUCUUUUUUACCUUUAUUGCUUUAGCAUAAAUUAGUUUACUGAAUGACUAAUUUGAGAUUAAAAUUAUUCUGUUGUUUGUAAGAUCAAAGCACAGGUUGUUUUAAAGAUAAUGUGUAUCUUUUCAAAAAUGUGUAUCUGAUUAGAACAAGUUUAGAAAUUGGUUCAAGUGCUGCAGUCUGCAUGUACUAAAUAGCUUUACUUUGUGUGUGUGUGUGUGUGUAUUUAUAAAGUCUUUUUUUUUUUCUUGUCAUUGCUUCAGGACCUUUGUAGGAGAGGCUAAUAUGUUUAAGUAGAAGAUAUUACUGAUGGCAUUUCCCCCAUGCUCCUACAUAUAAAAUAAAUAUUUCCAUUUUAUAGCUUUUUCAAUAUAUAGAAGAGCGUUACUUCUUCAAGUAUGUUGUUGACUUUGGGGACACAGCAAAACCCUUCUAUAUGUAUCUUCAUUGAUAGUGGAAGUUAAAAACUAAGUCGUUCAGUUAAGACUCAAAAGGUGACCCAUAAUUGCAUGGCCUUAAAAGGCAGAAAUGCAAGCAUGUAGCAAGCAUCAUCUUGGAUGGCUAUGGUUCCUCUUUGCAUCUGUCAGUACACUUGUGUUCAGCCUUAGAAUAUAUUGGAAGAGCAAAGUAAUUUCUCUGUCUUGUGCAGAGGCACUUAGGAGCUGAGUUACCUCUUAAUCUAGGGGAAUGGAUAGUAAGUGGAGUACAGGUAUGUUAAAGGAUGUUUUCCCUUCCCCCUCUCAAAAAAAAGUUUCAAUGUUUGCUUUGCCCAGUCAAAAAGAUAGAUACAAGAACAGUGACCAGAAAUUUGCCCUUUUGCUAAAUGCUUAGAUAUUUGCUAUAGCUGUUUCUGAUGUCAUGGAUUCUGAGGAAGUGUCAGUUACAUGAUUAUCUUCCUUUAUUGAUGUCUUACUUCAUGUUCAGUGUUUUAAAAAUAUAAAUUACACUCUACAACCAUACCCAGAUUUACUUAUUUUAUCAGAAAAAAAACUUGAGAAAUUUGUAGAUCAAAUUGAGAGACAAUAAGUGUACAUUGUUGAAUAAAAAAUUUUAAAGUU